UGUCAUUGCAAUGUCAAUUAUACAAGCAAUGCUUCGAACAAGUGCUAAUUCAACGGUAACCUCUUGGUCGAGGGCGGAACUGCGGCUCGAUUUUAGCAUGUCGGUGCAAAUAGUUUGACCAGUAUAUAAACUACGCAGCCAAGCAACCGUCGUUGAUUGCGACUCUCUUAAAUUAAUUCCACAUUUCAGUUGUACAAAGAGUCAGACGUGGCUAAAGGUUUGCUAUUUAACAGAGCAGUCUGGAAAACCUGCGUCGCAACUUUUUGAGCCUAUAGAUUGCGAUCAAGGCGAGUAUGCAAACACGCAGAGGCAGGAACGAGGCGCUAAGCCGCAAUCCCGCAGGGGAAGUGCGGCAACGACGUUUGGCAAUUAAAACAACACCUCGCACCAAUCAAGGCAGCGGUACCUUGUCCGCUUUGAACUGCUGGCAAAGGUUGUUCGUUAUUGCAUUGCUCCCUCUAACCUCUGCGUAUGUAACCGAAGAAUUGCUCGAUUUUGUGAAACUUCAUCAAUCUGGAAGAGUAACCAACGAUGGCCUCGUGGGAUCGUCGGAUCAAAACUCCCCCGCAAAUCCGUUUCCAAUACCAAGCCCUCCAUACGAUGAAAGCUCAUUUAAAAAUCUAUGUCGACACAAAAAGUUGGACAUCGUUUUUGUUCUGGACGGGUCAAAAAGCGUAAAAGCUCAUAACUUUCAGAAGAUGUUGGCAUUCACGUCUGAAAUGGUCGGAAAUUUUCAAAUAGGGUCAGAAGACACGCAGGUUGGAGUGAUACAAUACAGCAGCUGUAUUCGGCCGCACAUCUGGCUAAAUAAUUUCACGGAUACGGAGCAACUCCAGAGCGCCAUCGCCCGGAUAAAAUUUGAAGCGAAAGGCACGGCAACCGGGAAAGCUUUGCGGUUUGCUUCCAACAGAAUGUUUAAUUGGAAGAAAGGUGCAAGAGAAUUGUCGGGCGGUGUACGUCGUAUUUUGAUCCUCAUCACUGAUGGAAGGUGGUCAGUACGAGAUGAUAUUCCUGGCGCAUUGGCAAGUCUGGAAUCAAAACAAGUGGAGCGCUUUGCUGUUGGGGUUGGUAGGGUGGUUAAAACACUUGAUCUGGGAGCUCUCGUUUCCGAACCAAAAUCAAACCACUCUUUCCAUAUUCCAUUCUUUGACGAAUUAGAUGAAGUUGGCAGAAAAAUUCUGUCCACAAUUUGUCAACAAAAAGAAUGUGGGAAUGGCAACGUGCCUCAAUUAGCCGAAACAGGAUUCGAUUUGAUUCAACUGACAGGGAUGGACACGAGGUUUGAUGUUUCACAUGUUCGAGGGAGUAAUGAACUUUCAACAGCUUAUAGCAUUGGACCACAGACCGAUAUACAACUGUCACCAACCAGUAUAUUAUUCCCAUGUCAAAGCCACAACAUUAAGAACCUUCGGCCCUGAUUUAAAAUGACUACAAAAAGUAGUACGUCAUCUUUCAUGCCCGUGCCAUCUUACCCUCAUACA